CCCAGAAGAAGGAUGGUCACCCAGCAUACCUGCCAUGAAGACGAGCUCCAUGACGGAGAGAUGCGGGAAGUCGAGGGGGCUGGAUACCCGGUGCUGCUGGCGAGGGAAGGCCUGAACAUCCGAGCGCUGGGCGGCCGAUGCCCACAUGCCGGAGCCGCCCUCUGCAAAGGCUACUUGGCAAAGGGCCAGUUGCGCUGCCCCUGGCAUGGUGCCUGCUUCUGCACCGAGACAGGUGACAUUGAGGAAUAUCCCACCCUGGACUGUCUGCCUGUUUUCCAAGUAACCGUGCAGGAGGGGCAGGUGCAUAUUUCAGCCAGGAUGAAGGAUCUGGAGAGCAGCCGCAGAGUGAAGCCCAUGGCCCAAGAGUGCCAGCUGGAUCCCCAGACGGUUCUGCUGCUGGGAGCCGGCCCGGCAGCCCUGACCUGCGCAGAAACCCUUCGGCAAGAGGGCUUCCCUGGCAGGAUCAUCAUGGCCACCUGGGAGAACCACCUUCCCCACGACAGGACAAAGCUGACCCAGGACUUGGGGGCCCCAGCGGAGAACCUCUAUCUCCGAAGUCAGAGGUUCUUGGAUGCCCACGACAUUGAAGUCUGGAAGCAGAGCGAGGUGGUCUCUCUGGAUCCUGCAGGCAAAACGGCCCACUUCCGGGAUGGGGCAUCUCAGGCGUAUAGCAACCUGCUGAUCGCCACAGCAGCAGGGAUGGAGGUAGCAGCCAGCCUCGUCGGCAAAAGCAGC